AUGACACUUGAAGAACUUAGACAAAGAUUGAUUGCUGAGCGACAAAGAGAAGAUGAAGAGCGUGCGAAUUUGAUACGACAAAAUGAUGAUUUAAGAGAAAAGAAUCUCAGAUUGCACGAACAAAGAUCAAGAAGUGUUACGCGAUCAAGAUCAAGAACCAGCAGAAGUUCAUCAAUACAAAGUCGAUCAAAUCGAAGAAAUGCCAGGCGAGAACAAACAUUAGAUAAUAUCGAUGAGAAUUUGCAAGAAGAUGAUAAUCUACAAGAUCAACGCAACGAGAGACACACAGUAAAUGACCGAUACGAACAACCACAUGAGCGUCGUCGCAGACAAGAAGAUCAAAGGAACAAUAGACUUCAAGAUGCAACCGAACGUCAUCGUACUCGUUACGCAUCAGAUAAUGAUGGAGAACAUGAUCCGGAACAAGGGAGAAUUAUAUUACAUGGUAGACAAAUGUUGAGUAUGUUUGAUGGUAGUACAUGUGCAGUACAACAUAUAAAAGCCUAUAGCCGAUCUUUAUUGCAGUGGGAAGAAAAUGAUGCGGUGCUGUGUAAAUAUUUUCCUUCAAGAUUGACUGGAGAAGCCUUGCAGUGGUUUGAGGGAUUACCAGUAGGAACAAUUAUAUCAUUUCGUCAUCUACAGAACGUCUUCUUAGGACAAUAUAUCAGUAAUAAUAUGUCAAGACCAGGAAUUGAGACGGCCUUUGGACUUCGGAGAAGGGUCAAUGAAAUUUUGCGUCAUCUAACAACACGUUGGAGAACCAUGUGUAGUGAAAUGGAAAGACGAGUAGAUGAACGAUUUUUUAUACUAGCCUUUGUCAAUGCUCUUUUUCCUACAGAUUUAUUAUAUACACAGAUUUUCAGGAUAAAAGACACCAUCACAAUGUCGGAGUUGCGUGAAUUUCAAGAAGAGUAUAUUGCACUUGAGGAGAAGCAGAGAGACAUGGAAUCUUAUCCAGUUGCAAUGCCUAAUGCAAACACUGGGAAUGCAAUUUUACUCCCAAGGAUGACAAAUGUUGUUGCGAGUACAACGCAAGGAAAUCAAGGAAAGAAGAAUACAGAGAUGGAAACUGGUAGCCAUGGGUAG